GGUAAAGGUGGCGCUGCCAGUGAGGGCGGCAGUCCCAGCCUUGGCGGGACUUACCCCGGCGCCGCCGGGCUGGUGUCCACCCACCAGUCCCCUCGGGUUGAUCUGCUUUGAACCUUUUGGCGCCGCGCUGAGACCACUGAGUGGGCUCGUACCCCGGGGUUUGGAGGCCUGGAGAUGCGGCUCGCUCCUUAGAGGCCCACGGUGGGGGCGGGGCGUGAGGAGGCGGAGCCUCGAGGCGGCCAGUCAGCCUCGGCCUCCGCCGCCUGGAUCUCUACGCUCCGCCCGCUCGCGUCCGCACGCCCCAACCCCGGCGUGCCUCGCCUCCUCGGCGGCGGCGGUGGCGGCUUCCGCCCCCUGGUAGCAGAGCUCCCGGAGGAAACGGAAGAAGGCGCAAGCCAAGCCAUGGAGGGGAACCGGGAUGAGGCAGAGAAAUGUGUCGAGAUCGCCAGGGAGGCCCUGAACGCUGGCGACCGCGAGAAGGCCCAGCGCUUCCUGCAGAAGGCCGAGAAGCUCUACCCACUGCCCUCGGCCCGCGCACUAUUGGAAAUAAUGAUGAAAAAUGGAAGCACCGCUGGAAAUAGCCCUCAUUGCCGAAAACCAUCAGGUAGUGCCGAUCAAAGGAAGCCUAACUGCACAAAGGACAGCUCAUCUGGUAGUGGCGAUGGUGGAAAAGGAUACACCAAAGAUCAAGUAGAUGGAGUUCUCAGCAUAAACAAAUGUAAAAAUUACUAUGAAGUACUUGGAGUUACCAAAGAUGCUGGUGAUGAAGAUUUGAAAAAAGCUUAUAGAAAGCUUGCUUUGAAGUUUCAUCCAGACAAAAACCAUGCACCUGGAGCAACAGAUGCUUUUAAAAAGAUUGGAAAUGCUUAUGCUAUUUUAAGCAAUCCAGAAAAACGAAAACAAUAUGACCUCACAGGCAAUGAAGAACAAGCGUGUAAUCACCAAAACAAUGGUAGAUUUAAUUUCCAUAGAGGUUGUGAAGCUGAUAUAACUCCAGAAGACUUGUUUAAUAUAUUUUUUGGUGGUGGAUUUCCUUCAGGUAGCGUACACUCGUUUUCAAACGGGCGAGCUGGUUAUAGCCAACAACAUCAGCAUCGACAUAGUGGACAUGAAAGAGAAGAAGAAAGAGGAGAUGGAGGUUUUUCUGUGUUUAUUCAGCUGAUGCCCAUUAUUGUAUUGAUCCUCGUGUCAUUACUAAGUCAAUUGAUGGUCUCUAAUCCUCCUUAUUCCUUACAUCCCAGAUCUGGAUCAGGGCAAACUAUUAAAAUGCAGACAGAAAACUUGGGUGUCGUUUAUUAUGUCAACAAGGACUUUAAAAAUGAAUAUAAAGGAGUGUUAUUACAGAAGGUCGAAAAAAGUGUGGAAGAAGAUUAUGUGACUAAUAUUCGAAAUAAUUGCUGGAAAGAAAGACAACAGAAAACAGAUAUGCAAUAUGCAGCAAAAGUGUACCGAGAUGAGCGACUUCGAAGAAAGGCAGAAGCCUUGAGCAUGGAUAACUGUAAAGAAUUGGAGCGGCUGACCAGCAUUUAUAAAGGAGGAUGAACUGUAAUUUUAUUUAUAUCUUUUAGCAUACUAUUUAUUUUUUCUGUGAAUUUAGUUUCAUCAUGAGAGCUAAAGAAGAUUUGAUGGUAAAAACUAAACUAAAUUAGUUGGUCCCUGAACUCUUGGGCUGUUUAUAAUGUACUGACUCCUUGAAAUAAUAAGAAACUGAAAACCAAAAUAUUUUAGUUAUGCUUCUGUAAGCUUAUCUGAUUACUAACUAAAAAUGUCUAAAGAAAGGAUUGUCACACCUAUAGCAGUUUCCAGUUUUAGUGAUUCUCCAUUUUUUCCCUUAUGUAAAUAUGGAAUGAUAAUUUUGUGUAUAUACAGGUUAUUGCCUUUUUUUAAUGUAAAUUCUUUUAGUGGUUAGCUCCAUGAGACACUUCAGUUUAAACUGAUGGAAUAAAUAUUCUACGGCAAAAUUACAUGUUCCUUGUCAGAUGUCAAAUGUAUAGAGUUUAAACAAUGAAACUUUUUCAAAAAAAAAGCUGUUUAACUUCAUGUAAAAUCUUAUAGCAUUAUUACCUAUUUUAAUAUUGCCAUUAUAUUUCAAAAUAUAUAUUGAGAUAAAUGAACUGGUGUAGAAUAUCAGUUUGCUACUUAUUUAGUUUUAUUAAUUGCAAAGCCAUGCAUAAAAAUGAAAUGCUAUACUGAUAGAUUUUAAAGAAAAUAUGAGGAAAUGGUUAUAUAGAUAUUAAACAAAAAGGGUCUUUUAACAGUAAAUGGCAGUUUGUCCGUUUGCAUUUUCAAUUAUUAAAAUGCCCCCAAAUGUUUCUGUAAAGGGGAGGAGGGCAAAAAUAGGUUUACAGUUGUAGUACAAAUAAACAAUAAUUAGUGGAUAAUGAUUCAAGAAUAAACUCUGUUUCAUGUACUCACAACUAUAAACCUACUUUUGCCAACCCCUGUAUAUGUCUUUGAAGGCUGCUAAAUUUAUGAAGAGGACCUACCUGUUCCCCCUCACCAGCGUGGAAAUUUGCAAUUUCUUCUUAGUGAUCAUUUAAACAGAACCCAAAAGUAAGUAGAUUCUUCUACAAAUAAGUAAUAGGAAAAAUUACUACUUUGCUUUGUGCCUUUUAACCUUAUUGCCACUUUUAAACAUGUAAGCAGAUCACAGCACACUUAUUUGAUCAGUACAUGAUCUGUCUGGCUACCUGCAACAGUGAGCAGAAACACAGCAGCAGGUAGAAUAGUGAUUUAUAGCGAGCUGUCCAUAUGAAAUUCUGAGCUAAAAUCUACUCACCAUUGAGUAAUUCAUUUAAUCCUGUAGGAAUAAGCUCGUUGUAGUUAAAUCCGUAAUAUAAAUUUGAAAAAUCAGCUGGAAAUUGAAGUAUUUAGUGCCUGUAUUGGAUAUGAAACUAGUUGAUUUCUAGUCUUGUAUUUAACAUUGUAAUAUUUUAAUAGCUUUGUUUCAUACUCAGUUAAUGGAACAUGAAUACAUCUUUGAUAGUUUUUUUUAUAUGAGAGAAUGCUAGUUAAAGUAGCUGUAUUCCUUUGUUGAAAGAUUUUUUUUUUCUGAAUGUAGUUAAUUUAUAGUAUCUGUUGAAACUGUUAAAAUGACCGUUCUUUUAAAAAAUGUUCUCUUGUGUCCCUUUUCUGGAUGAAUCAAUAGAAAUACCUAAUUGAGUUAGUAGGUUAAACUAAACUACACAUUGUCCUAGGAAAACUGAACAGCUUAACCAACUUUCUUUUAGAAAUGCCACCUUUAAAAAAUAGGAGUGCUUAAAAGAAAAUACAAUUUUAAAUAUUUUCUUGAGCUUGUAGAAUGAAUUUUUAAAAAGAAAAUCACAACAUUCUGAUUGUGAAAGUUUGUAUGCAUCAGAAAAGUUACAAAUGAAAAAUUUCAUCUAUUUAUUUUUCCAUUUAUUGGGGUAUUUACAUGACUGUGGUUGAUGCUUAUGUGAAUUGACUCUUGUUGACUGGUUCUUUUUCCUUUAAUCCUGGCUUUAAGGUGAUAGAUGAAAUUAUCAAAAUAAGGUGAUAGGUGAAAUUAUAUAUUAAGAAGUCAUACUUGGCUUUGGACAGUAUUAUUAUAUUGUAUUUCACUUACAUUGCUGCAUUCCAUUACAUUUCAUAAAAUGUUGGGGGAAGUGUGUUUGAUAAUAUUUUCAAACAAUUUUGAGAAAUGACUGAGUGCCUCACAAUUUAAGCUACAUAUAAAAUAUGCAAGUAAAGAUUAAGUCCAUAAUAUAGGUACUAUAUUAUGGUGUGAAAGCCCAACUAAGUGUGUUAGAAUUUCGGGGUUAAUUCUACAAAAUAAGAAAACUUUUUAGCUAUCUUAACAUGUGAGAUUUUCAUUUUUUUGCUACUUUUAAAAAUCCCAGCAUUUUGUCAUCUUAGUUUUAUCUAUAUGAGCUUUGCAAUUUCAUUUGAAAAUUUGUACUAUUUAUUUUAAUCAUUGUCUAAAAGCCCUCAUUUUUUAACUGUUGCUUUACUAGCUUUUCUAACUGUAUUUUAGAAGUUUUGCAUCAAUUAUACUUAUUAAUGCUUUAUAUGUUUAUCCCUUCUACACAUAUAUACAAACAUCAUUGUCCUUGUGAGGAUUUAGGGGGAAUAAAUAAUACCUUUUCUUCUACUGUUUUUGAUCCCUUGGUUCUUAAGUAGAUGCUACUCAUUUGUAAGUUUUAGAAUUUAUUUUAAUGAAAUCUGAGAAUUUAUUUCUCAACAAUGAAAAAUUUCAAAUUAUAGUCCAUCUAGUGAGUGAAAACAAUAUAUUUUGGAAACAUUACAUUUGAAUGCUGAAAUAGGUAUUUGUUUCAUAAUCAUUACAUGCUUAUUUAUGAUUUACAAAGAUUUGGUAGAGAAAAGAAAGUCCUUUCUUAUGUAUAUACCAAGGCAUUACAGCACUCUGCUUUUUUGUCAGCUCAGGUAUUCACAGGAACAGGAAUAUGAAAUUCCAGUCCUUUACUUUAAUUGCACUUUUAUGCUUACAUUUCUUCCUGUUAAAUCUUCAGCUACACUAGUAUAUAAAAUAAUAACCAAGAAAACUGAUUAACAUGUUCAUGUCCCUUUGUUGAUUUGCAGCACUUUAAAAUUCAGCUGUUAAUAUAAUAUACAUGACAUGCUAAUAUUACUUACUAAUGUAUUCCUACAUACUCUUUAAAAAUAAAUAAAUCUCCCACCUUUGUUAAAGCAGUGAAAUAUUUCUUGAUGUUGGCCUGAGGACCAAAUGAGCCAUUUUUCCAGUUCAGUAAGUAUUACAUUAAAGAAAUAAAUGGAUCAAAAAGAUAAUUUGUACAUUUGUUUAGCUUCCAUAUAUGAAGUUUGGCUUUAGUAUUACCCAUAUGACCAUCUUCAUACUAAGUGAUGCGAACUAAAAGGGCAUUCAUAAUCUUCUCGAAAGAGAAGUACUUCUGAAAAUGAACAAUAAAUCAGAAUUUUAAUCCUUACCAAAUAGCUAAAAAGCCUUGUCUGUUGGCCACAUUGGACUACACCUAGUAAAAAUCCAUAAACUUUUCUAUAAACCAGUGAGAAAGAAAAGAGUCAUCUGAUAACAACUUCCAAACAAAAAGUGGGUAGAUGAGGAUCUUCAAGGAAUUCUUGCAUAUCCCUUUAAUAAUCUGGGAGGCAACACAGUCCUAGAAUUCAGGCUUUCCUUUUGGUUUGACUACUAUUUAAAUAGGUAUUUUCAUAUAAACGAAAAACAUUUUCCCUCAAAGGUUAAUUCAAAACAUACUCCUUAUAUUAAGGAUUUUGUAACCCCAUUUUUUUUUGUAAAUUCCAUGUGUAACUUUUUCCUUUUGGUACGUGAUUCCUUAUUUAUUAUCUGCUGGUUUGGGGGCCAAUAGAUUUGUGAAUAUUCUGUGGAUGUGUCCGUGUAUAGUUGUAUAUAAUAUUUUUUCCCGCUAAUACCUCAAAUAUGUGAUUAUUUCAUACCACACUACGUUUGCACAGAGCAGGGCUUCCAUUAGCAGCGGCUAUUCCUAUUUCUAACUUUGAAAGUCAGCCCACAGAAUUUCAUUGGUGUGAAUUCUUUCUGUUGACAUUUUUCACAUUUUAAAACAUUCCUGUUGUAAGGCCCAUACUUUAAUAUAAUUAUAUCUCCCUGUAUCUAGCAAUCUGGAAAUACUUAGGUGGUAAGAAGUAUUCCUUGAAAUGUCUUAGUUUAAUUUAUUAUUGAAAAUUGGGAUUACUGGUUGCCAAGCUGUCUAGUAACUGCAUUGCAGAUGACACCGGCAUGAAUGUGAGUGAGUCUCCUUCACUUCGGCACAGGAAUCGGGACAUUCCAGUCUAAUAUCCUACUUUGCUAUUUAAGAGCACCACUAAAAUGCUGGGAGUUUUUCCGUGACAUUGGAGUAUUUUAAGCGUCAAUUUCAGAAUGAAUUUUUUUUGAGUUGGAUAACUAUGCCAAGGAGAGGAAACUCACACAUAAAUGAUAUUUUGUAACUUAUUUAUAUUAAGAAAUGCUUCUUACAUAUUUGUUUGUGUUUUUGUUUAUGUAUUGCUACAUAGACUUUCCAUUUAAGUCAUGUGCGUUUAAAAGCUGCAGGUCAUUUUCAAGGUGUGAUGGAAUUUUAAUGGAAGCCUUGUAUUAGUUAAAUGAAGUGAAACUGGUAUAGGAAAUCUGAACUUUGUAGUGCAUUCUAUAUACAAUUAGAUUUAAAAAGGAAAUGUAUGAUUUGUAAAAUACUUAAUGUUAUAUCAGACUUAUAUAAAAUUUUCUGUGUGAGAACUCUUAAAGAAAAUGAAUUUGAUUUUUAAUGAAUGUUCUGAGUAAUUUAUAAUUUUCUUGUCUUUCAGUCUCUGCAGUUUAUCUCAAUAUAUGAAUAAAAGGGUCUGUUCUC